AUGUCGGAAAUUAUUAAUGAAUCACAAAAUGAUUGCUCUUUUUUGAUUGUUGACUUUGAUAAUCUUAGUUUUGAUUAUAAAUCGGUUUUUGUUAAUUUUUUGGGCACAAUUGCCAAUGCUAUUAAUAAUACAUUAAUAUCUCCAUGGAAUUUUGUUAUUAAUUCUGAUUCCAUAAACAACGGUUCAGACUUAUCUGAUAAUUUAGAACAAACUUGUAUAAAUAAUUGUAUAAAUAAUUUACUAAAUGCAGAAAUAAUAAGUUUUAAUUUAAUUGAGGAAAGCUUGUCGGCUUUAAACUCAGUUUUGUCAUCUGAAAGCAGUAAAUCAAACCCUAAAUUAAUCUCACUUUGUAAUGUUUUUAAUGGCUCAACCUUAUACUAUUUAAGUGCCAAGGAUGGUCAAAUUUCCAUAAAUGAACUUAAAACUAAUGAUAAAUUAAGUUUGAGCAAUUUAAAUCAAUUAUUAUUCCAAUUUCUGCCUCUUGGUUUACACAACUUUUCACCAAGUUCUCUUCUGAAUGUUGGCACAAAUUUGACCAAUUUAACUCACUUUACUGAUUAUUUCAUUAGUUCAAUUGGGUCAAAGGAUUUUAAUGAUUAUCGCAUUGUACUAAUUACAUCAUUUCCUGAAUCCACAGUGGAAUAUCUCACAAUUCACGGUAUGACCCGGGAUAAUUUAAACUCAGUUUCCUUAAUUAAUAAAGUCGAAGAUAUUAAGAUUAAUAACCACAGUCUUUUGAAUGGCUCAAUUAAAAUAGUUUCUAACAAUAAUAAUUUUAUCGAUAACACUACAGGCCAUUUUUGGGGAAUUCUAGGGGAAAAUGUAGUUUUAAAUAAAACUCAUGUAAAAAAGUGUUCCACAGAAAGACCUUUAAAAGUUGAUUUGGAUAGUGUUCUGGAUGUAAAUAUUUUAUCUGGAACUUUGGGUUGUUUUUUGCUUUUAAAAAACAAAGUGAAAAUAGUAGGGGAAGUAUUUAAAGGUUCAGGACGAGGUUUUCCGUUACUUGGAAUCCCAACUGCUAAUCUUAAGUGCAAUUCAUUGCCACAUCUCAUAACAGGUAAUAAUAUUUUAGGUGUUUAUAUUGGAUAUGGAUAUAUAAAUGGCAGCAAAGAAGUGUCAGAAGAUACUCGUAUAAAUGCAAUUGUAUCCAUAGGAUUUAAUCCACAUUUUUACGGAGAAAACUACUCUGUAGAGCCUUAUUUUUAUCAUAAAUUCAAUGAAUCACUUUUGGGUCUAACUGUACGCUUGGAUAUUUACGGCUACUUAAGAACUGAUUCCAAAUACAGUUCGCUUGAAGAUUUAGUUCAAGCCAUUCAAUCUGAUCUACACUUUAAUAAACUAAUCUUAACUUCCACCAAUAAUGUAUAA